AUGUCCAGAGAUUCUUCCCAAGAUCGAAUUCGACUGCCCACGAAAGUCUUGAAUGAAUUGGGACUGCUCUCUCUCUGGAAAUCCUCGCUAGAUGUGAAAUUGCUUUGCGCCCAGCGAUUUGUUCGGUUAUUUGCUUAUGGUGGCUCGACGCUCAUUUUAGCCUCGUACCUGUCCUCGUUAAACAUAUCCGAUGCCCGUAUUGGUCUCUUUAUGACCUUAACUCUGGUCGGGGAUGUGGUCAUUAGCUUCUUCCUGACCCUUUUCGCCGAUGCGAUGGGCCGCAAAGCUGUUCUGCUGCUAGGCUCAGUGUUGAUGGUAGGCAGUGGUGUCAUUUUCGCCUUAUUCGACAAUUUCUGGAUUCUUCUGGCAGCAGCAGUUCUUGGGGUGAUCAGCCCAAGUGGAAAUGAAAUUGGGCCCUUCCGGGCCGUUGAAGAGUCCACUCUGGCUCAUCUUACGCCUCAUGAAUCUCUGAGCGAUAUAUUCGCCUGGUAUUCUCUGAUCGGCACCGCAGGCACGGCUCUGGGCAUGAUGGCCUGCGGGUGGGCCAUCAAUCUUCUCCAAGUUAAACGGGGGUGGCCAUUUAUCGCUGCCUGUCAGAUAGUCUUUUUUGCGUACGCCGCUAUCGGUGCUCUCAAAUUCAUUCUCGCUGCCACGUUGAGUCACCACGUGGAGGCAGAGAAACAAAAGCCUGCUCAGCGGCAGGAUCAGCAAGGCGAGAACGGUGAGACCCAGCCUCUCCUGGGUGGGAGGGCCAGCGGCGAGCAGCCUCCAAAGAAGACAGGCUUCUUUUCUUUCCUGGGUGACAGAGAUCUCGUGGCCUUGGUCGUCAGGCUCUUCAUUCUAUUUGCUCUCGACUCCUUCGCGUCGGGCUUGGCAUCUUUGUCGUGGAUGACUUAUUUCUUCAAACGCAAGUUCUCCCUGCCGGAGGGCGAGCUCGGUUCCAUCUUCUUUACUACAAGCAUUAUCGCCGCUGCGUCCAUGUUGGUAGCCUCUUCCAUUGCCAAGCGCAUUGGUAAUGUCAAGACGAUGGUCUUCACUCACCUCCCUUCUGCCAUCUGUCUGGCUCUUAUUCCGGUUCCGAAUAUCUUACCUCUAGCCUUGACCUUUUUGGUGCUCCGGGCCUGUACCCAGAACAUGGAUGUGGCACCGCGCUCGGCUUUCCUCGCUGCGGCGCUUCCCUCAGACAAGCGCACCGCUAUCAUGGGUGCCAUUAAUGUGGUUAAGACUAGCAGUCAGAGUCUAGGGCCACUCAUCACCGGGGUGCUAUCGAACCAUGGUCUCUUUGGUCUUUCCUUUACCAUUGCGGGUAUUUUGAAGGCCGUCUAUGAUAUCGGCAUGCUACUCAGUUUUGCCGGAACGGAGCCGGUCCGUCGCCCGAGAUCUGCUCCGGAUGGCGAAAGUGCUUGA